UUUUACUACGCAGUGUGUCUUGGAGCCUGUAUUUUAUUUCUUUACAAAUUUACCGGUGGAUCUUUGCUUAUUUUUGACGAUUUCUUUCAAGUUUUUCCGGCCAUCAUGACAGAGGUGCAAUCUGGACCUGCUGAUGGCAGUAAUAGCUCCACUGCUUCCUCUCCCAUACCAAGUGCCCCAAAUGCUCCCAAGUAUGGAACCAUGAUCCCAAAUAGGAUCUUUGUGGGUGGCAUUUCCUUCAAUACUUGUGAAGCUGAACUAAAAAAUUUCUUCUCUCACUAUGGACGUGUUAAAGAGACAAAAAUAAUCGCAGAUAGGGCUGGGGUGUCCAAGGGGUAUGCAUUCAUAACGUUUGAGUCACAGGAAGAGGCCGUCAGAAUUCUCAAAGAACAGGCAAACAAUCUCAUUUUCAAGGAUAAGAAACUAAACAUCGGUCAAGCUAUUCGUAAACAGCCUAUGAGUCUGCCUAAGAAUGUGGAUCCUGCGCUAAUACCGAGCGGAAUGGUUUUGACUUCUCCAUUAGGAUACAGCUAUACUUAUCAUAAUGGGGUAGCGUACUUCAACCCUGCUGAGGUGCAGGGGACCGGGCAUGGGCACCCACCAUCUGCUGUAAUUCCUCAUCACCACACCCAACAACACCCCCACUCGGUCAAUCCGGCGAUGGCCUACCCUCAGUAUACCAUGCCAGUGAUGUUACAAGCUCCACCCUCUAACCACUCCCAUCAUCAGUACAUACCGGUAUCGCAACCACAACCACAGCAAGGCCAAUAUUACCAGCAGCCCAUCAGUCACACCACUCCUCAAUGGACUACGCCAUUCCCAGGCCAAUGGAGAUGGGUCCAUCCUCAGCAGCAACAAGCAACUACCGGUUUGAAUGGGAGUAUGGUGUCGCCAAUGUACGCUACCACCCCAGGGACUGAUAUGGCCAUGUACCCUGCAUCUACCCCAUCCUACGCCCAAACACCCACAGACGUACCUGAAAUGCCUCUUAUGGAACCCACACAAAAUGAGGGUGCCGUAAUAUCCAUGGACUCCCUCCAGUCACACCAGCAGAUGGCCCCGCCCCCUUUCCAACCAACAUUCGUCGCACCUCGGCCGUACCUACCCCCAGAGAUGGGCUACGCUCAGGACCCCAACGCCAUGCCACACCUUCUGCCGAAGAUGCCGAUCCACCAGAAUAAGUUUGCUCCGAAGCGGACGAUUAAGAUGCCACGACGGGAACGAGGUCCUAAGAUGGUUCGUAGCACCAUGGAUAUUCAUUACACCUUAGCACGUAUGGAUGACCCAAGUAUGAUGGCAAUGAAUGGGUACCCAACCACUAUGGUACCUGAAAACUAGAACUUAAGCUGUGGGUACAGGGGUCGAUUUCACAGCGAUAGUCCUAAGUUAGGACUAGUCCUAGGAGUUAUUUGAAAUUUAAGGCUCGUCCUUAGUUAGGAUGACUAAUUCGUCCUAACUCGAGAUAGGACUAGUCUAAACUAUUUGUGAAAUCCACACUGAGGCCCAAUUUCA